AUGACGACGAGGAUGACGGGGACACGGACGAGGACGAGGGAAGAACACGAGGACGAAGGGGACACGAACGAGGACGAGGGAAGAACACGAGGACGAAGGGGACCGAACGGGAGAGGGAAGAACCGGGGGCGAAGGGGACACGAACGAGGACGAGGGAAGAAAACGAGGACGAAGGGGACACGGACGAGGACGAGGGAAGAACACGAGGACGAAGGGGACACGACGAGGACGAGGGAAGAACACGAGGACGAAGGGGACACGAACGAGGACGAGGGAAGAACACGAGGCGAAGGGGACACGACGAGGACGAGGGAAGAACAGAGGACGAGGGGCACGGACGAGGAGGGGGAAAAGAACACGAGGACGAAGGGGACACGAACGAGGACGAGGGAAGAACACGAGGACGAAGGGGACACGAACGAGGACGAGGGAAGAACACGAGGACGAAGGGGACGACGAGGACGAGGGAAAAAACCGGGACAAAGGGGGACACGGCCCGAGGACGGGGGGAAAAGAACACGAGGCCCAAAGGGGGGGACACGAACGAGGACGAGGGAAGAACACGAGGACGAAGGGGACACGGACGAGGAUGACGACGAGGAUGAUGGCGACGAUGGCAACGGCAAGGACGACGACGGAGAAGACGAUGACGAGGAUGAUAAUGACGAUGACAACGGCAAGGACGACGAAUACGGAGACGAGCACGACCACGAUGACGAGGACGACAACGACCACGAUGAAACCCACAAGGAAGACGAGGACGAAGACGAUGCCAAAAAGACACCCGAAAAGAACCGAAUCCACCCCCAAAGACAACGCCCGCCCAAAAUUACACACCAAACACGGGCACCCAAACGAACGACCACCAAGACAACCCCCUCCAAGAAAACGACCACCGAAAUAACCACCACACUGACACCCACCCAAACGAACGACCACAAAAAACAGAAAAAAGAACGACAACCACCGAAGACGACCACCUAA